GGUUUAAAAAGCAUCCCAUGAGCGGAUAAAGGUAGACGGACGGACAGGGGACAGGAGACCAGUCAUGUUCGCGAGCCGGGCGCCAGCGACGGUGGGAAAAGGUGCCAAGUUUUCUGUGGAAGAGCUGUACGGUUUUACCAAAAAGCCAAAGUUUACCAAAGGGCAAUGCGGGAAAGCAGACAAAGCGGACAGCAAGAAGGACGUAAAAGAGAAUGAAGAAGCGGUCCUGAAGUCUCACAUCUUGGAGGCAGCCAAGCGGGUGAUGGAAAGGCGACGGCUGGAAAUUUACAUGAGGGAAUGUGACGUGACCAUGGAGGAUUGCGGCAUGGCCUACAGAAAUCUCGGAAAAACCGGACUCAGAGUGUCCUGUUUGGGACUAGGAACAUGGGUGACGUUUGGCUCUCAGAUCUCAGAUGAGAUGGCAGAUAGUGUGAUGACGUUGGCGUACGAUAACGGCAUCAACGUGUUUGACACGGCUGAAGUCUACGCCUCUGGCAGAGCUGAGACAACUUUGGGAAACAUUUUAGAGAAGAAAGGCUGGAGGCGGUCCAGCUAUGUGGUGACCACAAAAAUCUAUUGGGGAGGACAGGCCGAGACAGAGCGAGGGUUGUCGCGGAAACACAUAAUAGAAGGGCUCCGUGGUUCUCUGGCCAGGUUGAAGCUGGACUAUGUUGACAUCAUCUUUGCCAAUAGAAGUGACGUCAACUCGCCCAUGGAGGAGGUGGUGCGAGCAAUGACAUUUGUCAUCAACCAGGGCAUGGCCAUGUACUGGGGCACCUCACGCUGGAAUGCGAUGGAGAUCAUGGAAGCAUACUCCAUCGCUCGACAGUUUAAUCUAGUUCCUCCGGUGUGUGAGCAGGCCGAGUAUAACUACUUCCAGCGGGACAAAGUGGAACUACACUUGCCAGAACUCUACCACAAGAUUGGUGUUGGGGCCAUGACGUGGUCACCUUUAGCCUGCGGAAUGAUCACAGGAAAAUAUAACAGCGGCCUCCCUCAAAGCUCCAGAGCUGCCAUGAAGGGUCACGGGUGGCUGAAGGAGCGUCUCUGCAGCGACGAGGGCAAGCAGCAGCUGAGUAAAGUCAAAGAGCUCUAUCUGUUGGCGGACAGGAUCGGAUGCACCCCCGCUCAACUUGCCAUCGCCUGGUGUCUGCGCUGUGAAGGAGUCAGUUGUGUUCUACUGGGUGUAUCCAACACAGAGCAGCUAAUGGAGAACCUCAGUUCCAUACAGGUCCUGUCACAGCUGACUCCGGCCCUUAUCGCAGAGAUGGACACGUUGCUAGGCAACAAGCCCCGGAAGCCCACAAAGGAGGCAAAAAGCUGAGAGGCAUCCAUAUUCAAAUGAAUGGGUGAAGCCAAAAGUGGCCCGGAUGUAAAUGGCCAACACUUCCCAUUUGACAAAUAAAAACCUAACUUUGUGUGAUGA